AUGCCGCCGGACGAUACCCGCAGCCGCCUCGAGCGCAUGCAAGCCGCCUUCGGCUGCGACCCCGCCGCCGCGGAGGCCCUGGCGCAAGAGCAUCCCGUGCUGCUGCUCCUCGGGCCCUAUGCCCUGCGCCGCCUCGCGUCGCCGUCGCUCGAGCAAGGCUUCUCGGCCGGCCCGUUCGCCAAGGCGGGCGGCGUGGCCACCUCGCGGCUGCUGUCAGAAGUGGCUGUCGACGCGCCCUGCACCCUCCAAAUGCGCGCCAUGCACUGGGGCAUGCGGCUGCACAUCAAAGAGCUCGUGGACCACUGCCGCAGCCUCGGGCUGAGCGUCGACACCGGCAAGGACUUUGCCAUAGUGUGGCUCGGCCCCCGCAUGCAGCCGCGCGUCGUGCGGCGGCCCCCCUCGCUGCACCAACAGCAACAGCAACAGCAGCAGCAGCAGCCCGGCGCCUCGCGCGCGCACGGCGCGGGCGCGCACCAGCGGCGGGACCGGCGCGAGCGGCGCCGCCGCGACGCGCGGGCGCCGUUCCUGCUAGUCGCGUACCGGCACGGCGCGGUCGCGCUGCUGGGGCCGCCCGCGUCAGAGCCCGGGGAGGAGUACGCCAUGCCCGACGAAGACGCGGCGGCGCUGUCGCGCGUGAUGCCCCUAGGGGCGUUCUACCGCACCGGGCGCCCAGACGGGCUGCUCCACCCAGGCCCGAGCUUGGCGCAACCGGCGGCGGCCGACGCCCACACGAUCCAGAUUGACCCUUCGGCGCCCCAGUCGGCCCGUAUGGACCCUAACAAGCUGGUCCUCAGGGUCCUGGAUAUGGGCCACCUCAGGGUGGCCUCCUCUAUACUGGGGCAGUCGGUGGCGCUGUCGCAGGUCGACGGAGAGGUGGACGGUGCCUUGACGGCGCUGCAUGCGGCGAUGGCAGACGCCUCGGUCAACCGCGGCACCGGCAUGUUCGCGGGCGCCCAAGACAGCCGGCUGUUCAAGGCUGCUGCGUAUGGCAGCAUGGCGAUCACCGAGGCCCACAGCCUGCUGGACGCAGGGGAGCUGUCGUGGCGAUACGACGCCUUCUCAGAGGCGUGGGAGCUGCUGUUUGAGGACUAUUGCCUUGAGACGCGCUUCGAGGCCCUGGAGCUCAAGCUUGACGAGUUCAAGCAAACGGCAACGUUUGACCUUAAGCACCGCCACGGCCGCCGCUACGCAAAGCUCACGGACAGGGUGAUCUGGCUGCUGGUGAUCAGCUGCGCCAUCACCCUGCUGGAGCUGCUGCUGCCACCAAAGGCGGAUGACAACGGCGGCGGCGGCGGCGGCCACCGUCGCGGGGGCCCCGCGUUGGGCCCGGCUGACCGGGAGUGGCACUGGGACGAGGAGCGUGACGAGCGGCGGCGUUGGUGGCAGCUCCCAGGCUUGCCUGGGCGGCGCGGGCGCGAGGCGGCGAGCGAGGGGGCCGAGGGCGCGGCAGAGGCGGCGGCGGCCGCGGCGGCAGCCACUCCGCUAGCCAGAGCGGCGGGCGGCGGCGGGCGCGUUGAGGCCGACGAGGGCAAGUUGUUGCAGGAGGAGGAUCUCUUAAUCGACGAGGGACGCGGGGCCCAGGAUGACGGCGGCGGUGGCAGGCAGCAGGGGCAGGCAGGCGCUUCGUCGCUGUAUGGCUGCACUGGGGAGCGGUUCAACCGCGCCAACAGCCGCCUGAUGGACUGGAGCUACGCGGGCUACAUGUAUGGGGACUACGACCCUCCAAAGAACCCCAUUAUGGCAGACAUCAAGGCCACCUUUGGCGCCAAGGGCGAUGGCGUCACCGACGACACCGCCGCCUUUGAGCUGGCGUUCAACACCAUCCCGCGCCAGGGCACCCUGCUCCUGCCAAAGGGCACCUACGUGAUCACGAGGCGACUGGACAUUGACAAGCAGAUAUUCUUCAGGGGCGAGGGCGCUGGCCAGACUGUCAUCUACUUCCCCAAGUCUCUGACCGAGGUCUACGGCAACACCUGGCCGAAUGGCAUCUCGCAGUAUGCCUUUGGUCCUGGCUACAUCAAUUGGAACGGCGGCGAUUUCCCCAACAAUGACACGCGCCUGGCGUAUGUCACGGCCAACAUUAUAAGGGGCUCUGACAUCGUGCAGCUUGACAGCAUCGCGGGCCUGCAACCUGGAAGGAUGGUGCGCAUCGUGCUGGACAAUGUCAACAACGACAUGCUCUACUCCUUCAACCAGCGCCUCAUGGCGCCCUUUGACGCCUACACCAACCGCGCGGACGUGGUGAAGUUCACAUCCAGGAUCGCAGCGGUCAUGGACAACCCGCCCAGGAUCAAGUUCGAGCGCGCCCUGCCCUUCAACGUGUCCACGGCCUGGAAGCCGGAGCUGCACGACUGGAACACCCCAACCAGUGGCGUGAAGCGCAACAUCACCGGGAUGUCAGACCUAACAAUCAGGUUCCCGGCAGAUGCACCUUAUGCGGGGGAGAGCAAGGAGGCGGGCUACAACGGCCUCUACAUGUUUCACACCGCCCACUCCUGGAUCACCAACGUGGUGUUUGAGAAUGCGGACCUGGGGAUCAUCCUGGACGGCUGCAGCUUCAACACGGUGCAGAACGUUACCUUCACCAGCGCGCGCCCCACGAACCCUCUCAACCCCUACUACGGCGGCAAGGGCGUGUGGCUCAAGGGUGCAUUCGACUGCCUCGUGCGCGACUUCCGCUUCGCAACACGGUUCAGAUACGAGAUUGUGACCAGCUACUUUGCAGUGGGGAACGUGUGA